AUGGCGGGAUCUUGCGAGAUCAGCAACAUCUUCUCUAACUACAUCAGCGCCAUGUACCAGCCAGAUGAGGUGCAGCCAACCUUGGACAUGCUGGGACACCUUGGGGACGACAGCAGCCUGGGGCUGAGCCUCCCCACCAGCCAGCCCCCCGCACAGAGCACAGACAAGCCGGAGUGGUUCAGUGAGCUCCCGUACUUCUGGACCAAGGUGCAGGUGCUGGAGUGGAUCAGCUACCACGUGGAGAAGAACAAGUACGAUGCCAGCUCCAUUGACUUCUCCUGCUGCAACAUGGAUGGGCAUGCGCUCUGCCACUGCACCAGGGACCAGAUGCGCCUCAUCUUUGGGCCCCUGGGGGAUGAGCUCUAUGACCGCCUGCACGAAAUCAGCAUCGCUAAUCUCAGUCCUCCCACUGCUGCAGCCUCCGACGAGCUGAACUGGAUCAUUGAUUUGCUGGAAAAAGAGGAUGUGACUUCCCAAGAGACUUUCCUGGACUCUAGCCACCUGGAGCUGGGAAAUCCCUGUGCCAAGGACUCCCUGGAGGACAUGAAGCCCACAAACCCUUUCCUAUCCACAGACUUCACCUGCUUGCCUGCUGCCAUGUCCCCAGGCAGCUCUGAUGUCUCAGGGCCUGUGAUGUCCCACAGCCCCAACUCCCAGGACUCCGGUGGAAGUGACCUCGACCUUGACCCCAUGGAAGCAAAGCUCUUCCCUGACAAUGGCUUUGCAGGGAGCAAGAAAGGGGACAGCAAACAUGGCAAGCGGAAACGGGGACGGCCCCGAAAACUCAGUGAGGAGAGCAGAGACUGCCUGGAGAGCCGGAAGAGCAAGCACUCCCCAAGAGGUACCCACCUGUGGGAGUUCAUCCGGGACAUCCUGAUCCACCCCGAGCUGAACGAGGGGCUGAUGAAGUGGGAGGACCGGCAGGAGGGCGUCUUCAAGUUCCUGCGCUCGGAGGCGGUGGCUCAGCUCUGGGGCCAGAAGAAGAAAAACAGCAGCAUGACCUACGAGAAGCUGAGCAGAGCCAUGCGGUAUUACUACAAACGAGAGAUCCUGGAGAGAGUCGAUGGGCGACGGCUGGUGUACAAGUUUGGGAAGAACUCCAGUGGCUGGAAGGAGGAGGAGGUGCUCAACAGGAACAAGGAGCUGUAG